GCUCGCGGGGCUCGCGGGGCUCGGGCCGGCUCGCGGCGCCGUCAGGCAGUCAGUCGACGAGCGCGGCGGCGGCGAGGGGCGCGGCGAGGGGCGGCCGCUCCCAUAUAAGGCGCAGGCGCCGCCCCCCGACGUCACCCUCUGACAGCGCGGCUCCCGGGGGCUUCGAGUUUUGGCUCCCGGGAAAGGGUCCAUUCCUCGGGGAGAGAGGGCUGAGUUUUGUGCGCCUCCGUCCGCUGCGCGCGCCGCUCCGGGCCCCGCCGCGCCCCGCCUGCGCCCGGGACUGCGCCGCGCCACUCACUGCCCCGUUUAUUUGUCUUUGGAGCAGGCGGGCCGCGCCAGAAGCGGGCGAUCCCGCAGUGUCCUGCAGCCGCCGCCGCCGCCGCCGCUCGGCUAGGAUGACACCACGUUGAGCGCGCCUGCAGACGACGAGCGCCACCGCCGCCGCGGCCACCGCGUCCGCUGCGCCCUGCUCCUCCGAAGCGCCGCCGGUGCAGCCGCCCCGCGCGCCCGGCCGCUGGUGUGUGCGGCGCCCGCCCGGCACGGGCCGAAGCCGGCGGCGGGGCCGGACCGCAGGCGCCGAGCAGGGCCAGGGCGGCCAGGGCUGCCGCCGGCCGCCGAGCCCCGAGCGCCGCCGCUCGCCCCAGCGCUUUCGGCCGGGAGCCGCGGCCACCGCCAGCAGUUUUCAUGUUUGGGAUUCAGGAGAAUAUUCCGCGCGGGGGGACGACCAUGAAGGAGGAGCCGCUGGGCAGCGGCAUGAACCCGGUGCGCUCGUGGAUGCACACGGCGGGCGUGGUGGACGCCAACACGGCCGCCCAGAGCGGCGUGGGGCUGGCGCGGGCGCACUUCGAGAAGCAGCCGCCCUCCAACCUCCGGAAAUCCAAUUUCUUCCACUUCGUGCUGGCGCUCUACGACAGGCAAGGGCAGCCGGUGGAGAUCGAGCGGACGGCUUUUGUGGACUUUGUGGAGAAAGAGAAAGAGCCGAACAACGAGAAGACCAACAACGGCAUCCACUACAAACUGCAGCUGCUGUACAGCAACGGAGUCAGAACAGAGCAGGAUCUCUACGUCCGCCUCAUAGAUUCCAUGACCAAACAGGCCAUCGUGUACGAGGGCCAGGACAAGAACCCGGAGAUGUGCCGCGUGUUGCUGACCCACGAGAUCAUGUGCAGCCGGUGCUGUGACAAGAAAAGUUGUGGCAACAGGAAUGAGACUCCCUCGGACCCUGUCAUCAUUGACAGAUUCUUUCUGAAGUUUUUCCUCAAGUGCAAUCAGAACUGUUUGAAGAAUGCAGGCAACCCUCGGGAUAUGCGGAGAUUCCAGGUGGUUGUUUCGACAACGGUCAACGUGGAUGGCCACGUGCUGGCCGUGUCCGACAACAUGUUUGUGCACAACAAUUCCAAACACGGGAGGCGGGCCCGCCGUCUGGACCCGUCAGAAGCCACGCCGUGCAUCAAGGCCAUCAGCCCCAGCGAAGGCUGGACCACUGGUGGCGCCACCGUCAUCAUCAUCGGAGACAACUUCUUUGAUGGCCUCCAGGUGGUGUUCGGAACCAUGCUGGUGUGGAGCGAGCUGAUCACGCCCCACGCCAUCCGAGUGCAGACCCCGCCACGGCACAUUCCCGGAGUCGUGGAAGUCACCCUCUCCUACAAGUCCAAGCAGUUCUGCAAAGGUGCUCCCGGGCGCUUCGUUUACACUGCCCUUAACGAACCCACCAUAGACUACGGCUUCCAGAGGCUGCAGAAGGUCAUUCCCAGACACCCCGGCGAUCCCGAAAGGUUGCCCAAGGAAGUGCUGCUGAAGAGGGCAGCGGACCUCGUGGAAGCCUUGUACGGAAUGCCCCACAAUAACCAGGAGAUCAUACUGAAGCGAGCGGCUGACAUCGCGGAGGCCUUGUACAGCGUUCCCCGCAAUCACAACCAGAUCCCGGCCCUGGGUAACACCCCUGCGCACACGGGCAUGAUGGGCGUGAAUUCCUUCAGCAGCCAGCUGGCCGUGAACGUGUCCGAGACGUCCCAGGCCAAUGACCAAGUCGGCUACAGUCGCAAUACAAGCAGCGUGUCCCCGCGAGGAUACGUACCCAGCAGUACUCCCCAGCAGUCCAAUUACAACACAGUGAGCACUAGCAUGAAUGGAUAUGGAAGUGGCGCCAUGGCCAAUCUAGGGGUCCCUGGCUCGCCUGGAUUUCUUAAUGGCUCCUCCGCUAACUCUCCCUACGGCAUGAAACAGAAGAGCGCCUUCGCGCCCGUGGUCCGGCCCCAGGCCUCUCCUCCCCCCUCCUGCACCAGCGCCAACGGGAACGGACUGCAAGGCUCUCUGCUGGGUGCUGAGGACGUAGCCGCGGAGAAGACAAACUGGCCCUUUUGUGAAGUCGGUGGGAUAUUUCACUUUGAUGAACUAAUGCUCAAAAAAGGACCUGGCAAGCUAUGUCUGGGCUGGUAGUCCCGCCCAUGUGAGGGGCGUUGCUUUGCCUUCCACGGCACCCAGCGUCACAGACGGACUUCAGGGGACACGUUUGGCAUACCAGGGCGUGCUGACGCCAGACGCAUCUUGGAGACCAUCAGCAGCCGUCGAGACGCUACAAAAGACUUUGUUUAAAGAUUUUAUUUAAACUAUUAAGAAUCAACAUGCAAACAGCCUACUUCUUCAUGAACAAUUCCAUUUUAUUGACUGAACUUUUCUCGUAUUUUCACACUUCUCAGUCCUGGAGAACAAGGACAAGAAAGCAACGCCUAUUUUGUAUAAAGUUUCUGGCCCCGUCUUGGCUCUGUCUAGUACUUGCUAUCUGUGUUGGGAGAAACUUCGUGAAUGCACCAUUUUGAUGAUCAUGAAACACUGAGGAAAAAUGCCUCCAGACAUUUUUCUGUACUCAUACUUAGAUUCACAAUGGUUGUGUAUCUCUAUAAUGUGAAAUAUUUUUUUGUGGUGAGCAGAAGGGGGCCAAGCAGGUAUGAGCCAUCAGACUGGAGGGAGAGGAUGACUGUAAGAUUAGGAGGGGGGUGGGGGCGGGGAGGGCGGGUUUAUCACUGCUUAACUUCAUCUUAAUGAAACGAAACUUUGUAACUUAUUGUAGUUAGAAAAUGUACCUUUGAUAUUGAAUUCUCUUGCCUUCAACAAGCACACUGACAGAGAAAAACCACGCUACUGUCUGUUGGUUCCAAUUCCCGCCCACUGCUAGAGCUUCUUGUUAAGCAAGUGUGAUCUGCAACAUUUUUUCCACUUUUGCUAGCACUGUAUACUGUUGCAUUCUUAGGCUACUGUGAGGUCUGUUUCUUGUACCAGAACUUGUCCUUUACUUCUAGACCCUUCUUCCCCAAUGUGUUUUGUAUGUGGUUAUAAACUUGUAGACUUUUGUGAUUUUGCCAAAGUUGUAGCUAAAUAUUUAUACACUUGUCUUGAAUUUUUUUCAGAUCCACUGAAAGAUUUAGAAAAAAAACCACAAGUUUUAUUCCUUAUGUGUCUCAUAAGGGGUAAAAUGGCUUUCAUCCAGUUCUUGCUUUCUCCACUGAUAGCUGCGGUUGCUACGGGACUUUAUUUUGUAACAUAUCAAUUAUAAAUAUUGUAUUUAUCUUUGAGAUUUUGUA